AUGGAACAUACGAUUGUGACUGUGCUUCUUCUCCUUAUGCUUCUUCUCAUCCUCAUCUUCCUCUUUUUUCUCUUCAAACCAUGGCGCUUCUUUUUCUCUUCUCGUUUUCGUUCUUCAAUCCAACAGGGUUCUGUUGGUGAAUUAGAGCGACCACUUGUUAUUGAUGAUGGUGCUAAUGCUAAUGAUAAUGCUUCGUUGAACAAUGAAUUGCCGAGAGAUUAUGAUCUUGAAGGUGCGUGUUAUCCUAAUGAAGUUAAUUUUCGUUCUCCCAGAACACAUGGACAAGGACUUGUUCAUAAGCAAAGGCUUCAUAACCUUUCUAUUUCGCAUAAUUUUCAUCAAGGUGGCCCCGGUGGAGGUGAUACUUUGAUUGUUGAUGUAAUCUCUGAUCAUUCUGAGGAUGCUGUUGCUGCUGAUGUUGGUCAAAUAUUUAAGCUUCCUCCUCCACCGCUUUUAGCUCAAAUUCCGCCUAAACUCAGUUAUCAAAAUGAUAGAUUGCAGGAUUUUGUGCAAAAAGAUAUCACUGAACAAAGAAGCUGCCUUACUUUGGAGGUAAUCAGUGGUCCUUCUUGUGGACAACGUUGGUCUGUUCAGUCGACAAAUCCCUCCCGUUUCCCGCUCACUUUGGGAAGGGUUUCUCCUAGUGAUUUGUUGAUCAAGGACUCGGAAGUGUCGGGAAAGCAUGCUUUGAUCAACUGGAAUUUGGAUAAUUUGAAAUGGGAGUUGGUUGAUAUGGGUAGCCUGAAUGGAACACUUUUGAAUUCUAAGUCAAUCAACCAUCCUGACACUGGAAGUAGGCAUUGGGGAGAUCCAAUGAAUCUUGCUAAUGGAGAUGUUAUAACACUUGGAACAACAUCAAAAAUAAUUGUUCAUAUUACUUCGCAAAACCAUCAUCACAUUCCCUUUGGAGUUGGUAUGACAUCAGAUCCCAUGUCUUUGCGUCGAGGAGGAAAGAAACUUCCUAUGGAGGAUGUUUGCUAUUAUCACUGGCCUUUACCUGGGCUGGAUCAGUUUGGUAUUUUUGGCAUUUGUGAUGGGCACGGUGGUGAUGGGGCUGCUAAAGCUGCUAGCAAACUUUUUCCUGAAGUAAUUGCUAGUAUAUUAUCGGAUUCAUUAAAAAGAGAGAGGGUUUUCUCACUUCGUGAUGCUUCGGAUAUUCUUCGAGAUGCAUUUUCUCAAACAGAAGCACGCAUAAACAACUUCUAUGAGGGAUGUACAGCAACAUUGCUCCUGGUGUGGGCUGACUGUGAUGAUAAUUUCUAUGCACAGUGUGCAAAUGUUGGAGAUUCUGCCUGCAUUAUGAGUGUUAAUGGGCAACAAAUCAAAAUGACAGAAGAUCACAAGAUAAGCAAUUAUUCUGAAAGACGCAGAAUUGAAGAGUCGGGAGAACCAUUGAAAGAUGGGGAAAAGCGACUAUAUGGUAUAAAUCUUGCAAGGAUGCUCGGCGACAAAUUCCUAAAACAACAGGAUUCUCGGUUCAGUUCACAACCUUAUAUAAGUGAGGCUGUGCAUAUUCACCAAGCAAGCAAGGCUUUUGCUGUUCUAGCUAGUGAUGGGUUAUGGGACGUCAUUAGCAUGAAGAAGACAAUUCAGCUAGUGCUUCAGAUGAAGGACCGAUACAAUACAGAAGGAGAUAAUACAGCAGAAAAGAUUGCUAGUUUGUUGUUGAAUGAGGCUAGAACACUCAAAACGAAGGAUAAUACCUCCAUAAUAUUCUUAGAUUUUGAUACAUUCAAUAGAUUCUCUUGUAAAGUUGAAUCCUAG